CGGCCGCCCGGCGCCGAGCUCACGUUUGUUUGCCCAGGCGGGGCGGGGAGCCCCUGCCCUGGGGGCGGUGCUGCCCUGUCCUACCCGGCCCGGCCCGGCCCGCUCCCGGCUUCUCACUGCUGGUACCUGCGGGCGGCUCCGCCCCGGCCCCACAAGGGAGCGCCCGGCGGGGGCAGGAGGCGAGCGGCCGGGGACGGGACGGGACGGGACGGGACGGGGCUGCCGCCACCCCGCGCAGCCAGCCGGCAGCGGCCAUGGCCUUCGGGAAGGCUCCGAAGGAUCCUUUCGGCACCGCCGUGGGCAGCCUGAUCGAGCGGGCGACGUUCGGAGCGCUGCAGACGGAGGAGUGGGGGCAGUUCCUGCACAUCUGCGAUGUGAUCAACGCCACGGAGGAGGGACCUAAAGAUGCAGUUAAAGCGUUAAAGAAAAAGCUCUCCAAAAACUGUAACCAUAAGGAGAUCAGGCUUACCCUGUCUCUGCUUGACAUGUGUGUGCAGAACUGUGGUCCUAGAUUCCAGUCUUUAGUUGUGAAGAAAGACUUCUGUAAGGACAAGCUGGUGAAACUACUGAAUCCAAGAUACAACCUGCCAAUUGACAUGCAGGAGAGAAUCUUGACCUUCAUCAUGACGUGGGCUCGAGGGUUCCAAGGAAUGGUGGAUGUGACCGAAGUAAAAGAAGUUUAUAUAGAAUUGCUGAAGAAAGGAGUGGAGUUUCCAUCUGCUGACACCAGCACAGGGGGACCUAAGUCUUCAUCUCAGCAUCCUACAAAGUCAUCACCAUCUUCUGCUAAUCCCACCAAACGGACCUUAUUGCCUCUUCCCACGGGCCCAACGUUACUGUUGACUGCUGAGCAGAUUGGGAAACUGUACAGUGAACUGGAUAUGGCAAAAAUGAAUGUGAGAGUCAUGUCAUCAAUAUUAAAAGAAAAUGUUCCUGGCUCUGAAAAUCCGGAUGAUAUGAAUCUUUUACAGAAACUGUAUAAGACCUGUCGGGUGAUGCAGGAGAGAAUCAUGGAAUUGUUGGUUACAGUGGAAAAUGAAGAUGUGAUAGUUGAGUUAAUACAAGUAAAUGAAGAUCUGAAUAAUGUUCUUCUGGGACACGAAAGGUUCUCUCGAAACAGAGUUCGUUUCUUGGAGAAUCAGAGAAUACAGCGUGAACGUGAAGAGCUGUACAGGAAACAGCCAUCUGCUCCCUCAAGUGAUCUACUUGACCUCUCUACAGAUCUUCCACGUCCAGUGUCAACAGUGCUGGGAACUGACUCUGCAGCCUCUCAGUCUUCAGGCCUUAAUUGCAUAUCUGCACACCCUGAAGAUGCAAGAAAGCACCAUCCGUCAAUUUAUCCACAGCUAGAUUUAGCAACUACUACAAAAGCUCAGCAAUUCCCAUUUACAACUGAAGCACAAAACAAUAGUGGAAUCACCCCAGCUGGACAUAUAUACAGCAAUCUGGCAACUCUUUUAAGCCCAGUGCCUCUGAAUCCAGUAAAUCUGCAGACUGGACAUACUACAUCAUUAAAUGGAUCGUCACCAGCAGCCACAUCAAAAAACAAGUCACAGUCACCUCAUUACUACGAGAUAAUGGAAUUUGAUCCUUUGGCUCCCACAGAAGCUAUUUAUGAAGAAAUUGAUGUCACUGUGCUGAAGCCAGAAGUUAAAAAGGAUACAGAAUGCUGAAGAGGGAGGUGAAGUCUUUUACUGAGCACACAAGUUCACAAGUUACUCUCUGAUGCUGGUCCUGGGCACUGCUUCCUAUCAUAAAAUUGUAUAAUAUCCUGAGUUGGAAGGGACCUACAAGGAACCUUUAUUUUUUUUUUUGUUUUAUUUUUACACACUGAACAAUAGGUAUUGGAACAGUAAGUUAUGUGAAAGAGUUACUUGGAUCUACACCUUGAGAAUUUGUCUUAAAUGUUUGUGUAUUCUUCAAGGUAACUUACAUUAUUUAUAUUUUUAUUUCUCUAAGUUUUGGAGCCUCUAUAAUACAUUUUUUAAAGUCAUUUGCAUAUGAAGUAACUAACACUUGACAUCUGGUAAAAGUAAACUACAUGGACUCACAGCUGUAGAAAAAAGCUUUUCUUCUGAGUUAGCUGUUCCUUUGGACUGCUCAUCCCUCCAUAUGGAAGAAACAGAACGUCAUAUUUAAAGACACUGCAUAAUCCAAUUUCUAUUUUGACCUAUGUUAAUCUCCCUAGAAAUUUAUAAAGGUUUUUUGAUAUGUAGGGCUGUUCGAAAAUUGGGCCUCUUGAUAGAUAUCUCAAGUACAGUGGUUACUUUCUUAUAUUCAUAUUCUGAAUACAGGUUUUGUUUUCUUUGUAAAACCCUGAUAAAUAAUAGGAUUUUUGUUUAAAUAAGAACCUGUGCUGGGAUGUAAGGUGCUGUCAUCCAUGAUUAACAGAACAGAAACAAAGCUGCUUGUUGCUAUGUUGUUGUUACUUUUAUUUACUUGGUAAAUAUUGGAAGGGGAUCAGUCAUUUCUUCCAACAUUCCUGCCCUGCAGAGAUUAUUUUCUGGUGAAGGAAAAAUAAUCAUCUACAAUGCAGAUGAGCAUUAGUUAUCCAUUUAUUUUAAUCAAAUUGUUUAAACCUGUUAAUGAGUUUUAUCUUUCAAUAAAUGAAGUGCCUUGUCUAUUUUAAUGCUGAAUGUUAAAUCUGCACUUUAAUAGAUAGAGUUCUCUUAACUUAUAAUUGAUACGAAUCUUGAGAACUUGGUUCAUGUUCACAGCUGAUAAGCUAACUGGCUGCUUUUAAGUACUAGUUUUAAAUGUUCAUUGUUAAGUGGUAACAAGUUCUCAGUCUUGUGCGAUUUUCAUAGUGUACAAUUCCCAAUAAAAGCAAAUGUUUACUGAGUA